AACCUGCCACCAUGUACGUGAGUUACCUGCUGGAUAAGGACGUUGGCAUGUAUUCUGGAUCUAUGCGUGGCCACCCUGGCCUGCAAAACUACCCCACUGCCCCCCAGUACCCUGACUAUGGAGGAUACCAUGGACUGAGCUUAGAGUCUGCAUCUCCUGCCUCUGGGCCUUCUGCCUGGAUCACACCCUAUGGAGCUCCACGGGAUGACUGGGGCCACACGUCUUACUCCUCUGGACACACUCCCAUUAACCCUUCUCCAGGGGGCAGCUUGGGCUACAGCCCAGUUUCUGACUAUCCAGCUGGGCAGGUGCAAGGGCCGCCCUGUGUAGGGGUGCUGCCAGCGGGGCAUCAACCUCAAGUUUCUCCAGGGAUGGCAGAUGGGCACCGGAGACAUCACUACGAGUGGAUGAGGAAGCCAGCAACACAGGGCAACUCUGGGGGUAAGACCAGGACGAAGGACAAAUACCGCGUUGUGUACACCGACCACCAGAGGCUGGAGCUGGAGAAAGAGUUUCACUACAGCAGAUAUAUUACCAUCAGGAGGAAGGCAGAGCUGGCGCUCAGUCUGGGGCUGUCUGAGAGACAGGUGAAGAUCUGGUUCCAGAACAGAAGAGCCAAGGAAAGAAAGAUGAACAAGAAGAGGAUUCAACAGACUCAUAAUGGCUCAAAUGGGCAAGAUGCCCUCAGCCCAGAUCCCUCUAUGGGUCACAUGAUACCUAUGUCGAACACCAAUGUGGGCACACUGACAAAUCCUGUCACACAGUGA